GUACUGCAAGCUUUGCUGCAAAAUAAUCAGGAUUGCGUCUUGAUUAUUUAGUAGUAGUAUAUGUUUCGGGAGAGUACGCACGCAGUCAUGGAGGCCGUUCACACCCAUGGCAUCUGGAUGGCUGAAAGUCUACAGCAGAGGACGAUAAGUCUAGAAAAGAUGUGGCUGGUUGUCACUCAUAUUGGAGAUCCUAAAGCAGCCUUUCUGCUCGUCUUUCCCCUCACAUAUUUCAUCAGCAAACGAGCUGGAGUAGCGGUGCUUUGGGUGGCAGCUAUAUCAGAGUGGUUAAACUUGGUGUUUAAAUGGAUGCUGUUUGGAGAAAGGCCAUUCUGGUGGAUAGGUGAGUCCCGUCUGUUUGUCAACAAGCAACCCAACGUUCACCAGUUUUCCUCCACCUGUGAAACCGGCCCAGGCAGCCCGUCGGGACAUGCGAUGGUGACGGCAGCAGUCUGGUGGGUCGUGGUGUCCUCACUGGGGUCAUUCCUCUACUCACGUACUCACAGUGUGAUGUUAUCAGCUGCUCCCUACCUGCUCUAUGUGGUGAUGCUGGUGGCGGUUGGAAUCUCCAGGAUCUUCAUCCUCGCACACUUCCCUCACCAGGUCAUCGCCGGCUCCAUUACAGGUUUCAUUCUGGGGAUCGUUCUGAGCCGCAGAGUCCCAGACGGUCGCUCCCUGCUGUUCUUCUUUAGCUUGAGCAUCGGCCUGCUGUUCAGCACUGUGAUGCUGCAUGCUGGACUGAAGCAACUGGGAAUCGACCUCUCCUGGUCUAUUGCUUUGGCUAAGAAAUGGUGCAGCCGUGCGGAGUGGAUUCGUCUGGAUUCAGCCCCGUUCUCCUCUCUGACUCGAGACUGCGGGGCCCUCCUGGGUUUGGGGAUGGCCCAGUACUGGAAGCCCGGCGGAUGGUCUCUGCCCUGGGCUCCUCGGGCUUUGUCUCUGGCCAUUUCGUCCAUGGGACUGUACCACGUCAAUCGUCUGCCGCUCCCGGUCCGACCACAGGGACUCUUCUAUGGGCUGUUCUUUGUCAAAUUUGUCAUGGUGCCUCAAAUUGUCAUGGUGCUUGUGCCUGGACUGGUUCACCUGUUCACACACAAAAAGAGGAAGGACUAGAAACUAUUGUCUGUCUUGAACCCCUCCAAGGACUUAAAAUGUCUGUUCGAAGUAUUUCAUGGGAGUGUUAAGGCUGUAGUUAGUUGCUCCUUCUUUUUGUUCUUUUACAAACUUAUUUAUUGGUGAGAUUACGUGGGCCUUAAGUGUGGGGAUUGUAUUUCUUUCAUAUUUGCAGUAACUCUAAAUACCGCAAUAAUAAUAAGUGUUAAUACUAUAUAUAUUUUGGUGGGAAAAGUGCAGUUUUGAGGCAUUGCACAUUAAAAAUACAUAUGCGACUUGAAAACCAUAUUUGACAGUCUAGAAUGUUUGUUCUAGAGUCUUUGAAUGUUACCAGAGAAAGUCUGUCGACUCUUUGUGCUCACUGUAUUGAUGAAGGUUCAGCCCUCAGACUUCCAUCAGGUAACAGAUCGGUUAAAUCAGAUGGAAAAGAUUUUCUCAAUGAGGUCUGAGGACCGAAAAUUGUUUAUGAAGUUGGAACAAGUGUCCCAAGAGAGUCGAGGGAUUUUGAUCCUACGAUUUUAAGACUGCCAGAACUUUAUAGUACUCCAAUUAUUAACGUUAACCAGGAAAGGUCAAACCAGUACUCUACUGGUUCAGCAUUGCACUCCGAAAACGGUGGAGAGUCAAAAACCUGGCACCUAUAUUACCCACAAUGCAACUCAACCUGCAGCAGCGAUGAGGAGCGGCUGCAGAGGUCUGGUAAACUCACUUCUUGUAACUCCACCAACAGAUUUUUUUCAAUUUUCAAUCUUGCCGUCUUCAGCCACAACAGACACUGCCUCAAGUGACAUCACUUGAGGCAGAAUUUAUCAGAUUUCGUGUAGCUUCGCUGGAGACCCGACACCUGUAGACAGAUUCUGAUGUGGAGAAAUGGGCGGAGUUACCUUUUGAGCAUAUUAGCAUGAAAUAACGGUGUGUAAAAUUCAACAAUUGAAAAACUCUGAUGGAGCAUUUCCAGAAAAAUUUGGGCUCAUACUUUGUUUGGGUCAACAGAUGUAGGACGAUGUAAAUUACACACAAUCCAAUGCAACACCAUUCAUUUCUCCACUAGUAGCUUUACAAAAUGCAAUAUUUCUGGGAGUGGCAUUGAAUUGCAUCAUAUUGUACAGAAGCUUUCUCUGUCGACACACUGGUAUAUGUUGUUUUGUGGACCACGAAUAAUCCAAAAUAAGAUGACGUGUAUGUUAUAUAAAAGUAUUCUUUAAAAUAAAUGACUGACAUGCAGGGUGUGUUUCAGUUGGUAACCAUU